UUACCAAUAUGCGCAAAAACUUUGUCGAUAUUGUCUGAAUAUCGAAAAUCACAAUUUUCGCAAUUGCGGUGUUUCCAUUAAAUAAUAAACACAAUUAAAAUCUCGUGUAUUCUCGCGUGCUGUAAGUCAUAGGAGACAUGGCGGAUAUCAUUCAGAUUUACAUUAGAUACAUUCAAAUUGCCACCACGGCACUAACGCUAAUUAUCAGCCAUCAACGGAGGAGGCGACUGCUGGAGGCAUUGCAGCGACAAGCCCCUUAUACGUGGGAGCGGUUGCGUAUUCGGCAUUUUUGGGAACGUGUUGUCGACGACUUCACAGAGGAGCUGUGGAUUCAACAUUUCAGAAUGUCACGAGCCACCUUUAAUGAACUCUGUGAUGCCGUGAGGCCUCUUGUGGAGCCAGCUGCGCAUAGCCCCAGGAUGCCGGUGCCCGCAGAUAAGCGUGUCGCAAUUGCCGUAUAUAAGCUGUCUACCUGCGCAGAAUAUAGGGUGGUGGCGGAGACGUUUGGAGUCAGCAAAACAACCGUCCACAGGUGUGUGUAUGGAGUUUGUGAGGCUAUUUGCCAAAAACUGCUGAGGAAGUACAUCCACCUGCCCAACGAGAUCGAGGCACAACAAAUAGCACAACGCAAUUUUGAAGCGCAUGGGCUCCCGCAGUGUUAUGGGUCAAUAGAUGGGUCUCACAUACCCAUUCGUGCCCCCAGGGAUGGGUAUAGGGAUUAUGUGAAUAGAAAAGGCUGGACCUCAAUCGUGCUGCAGGCUGUGGUGGAUGACAGGCUCAUCAUUAGGGACAUCUGUGUCGGUUCACCUGGCAGUGCACAUGAUGCUGCUGUGUUCGCAACAUCCAACCUCUUCAGACAUCCAGAAAAACACCCUCAGGCCAGCAUGGAAAUAGAGGGAGUCCAAGUGCCUCUACUGAUUGCUGGUGACCCUGCCUACCCUCUCCUACCCUGGCUCAUGAAGGGAUACUCGGGAAAUAACCUGACGGAAGAACACACCUUGUUCAAUGAGCGUCUUAGUGCCAUCCGCGUCAGAGUAGAGCACACAUUUGGACAUCUGAAAGCUAGAUGGCGCAUCCUGGGCAAGAUGUCUGACAUACACCAUGAUUUCAUGCCUACAGUAGUGGCCACAUGUUGCAUUCUUCACAAUAUGUGUGAAGAAAGAAGACAGCAGCUGCCCCCUACAGCACCACUUCUAGCACCUCCACUUCAGCAGCCUCAGGACCAACACAGAGAUGACCCAGCUGAUGGUGCAGCUGUUGAAAUCAGGCAGGCUCUGGUCAAUCAUCUGUUUAGGCCACAUUAGGUUAGCCAGCUGCCUACCACAACAUUUUCAAGUUCACAAAAAAGUGGUUACUUUCAGACCAGGACCAGACCUGUUCCACACCAGACCCGGACCAGACCAGUUUUUAAAUUCACAAGUUCACAAAAACGUGGUUAUUUCCAAUCACUUUAUUAAUUAUUCUUAAAACAAAAUGAAAUGUAACAAAAUGUUAUGUUUAAUAACAAAAAUAAAUAAUCUUUAAAU